AGUGUUUGUACGAAAGAGACGUGUUGCUCCUCCUGCCACCCCCGCCGGCUUUACCGUUUCCUCAUCCUUUUAAUACACCCAAAUAUCGUGUGGUAACAGGGGUGCUGUGCCUGGCUGUGUCUGCUGCAACAUUGAUCAACACAGCAACAUUGACCAGUCUGAGGGGUGGAGACAACCACACUAGUAAAUGAUCUGACCCAUAGCAUUUAUAUGAAGACUCGGCAGUUGGAGACGUUGUUAGAGCUGCUGUGUGGCGACGUCCAUGUUGUGGGCAGCUGCUGUGUGGCGACGUCCAUGUUGUGGGCAGCUGCUGUGUGGCGACGUCCAUGUUGUGGGCAGCUGCUGUGUGGCGACGUCCAUGUUGUGGGCAGCUGCUGUGUGGCGACGUCCAUGUUGUGGGCAGCUGCUGUGUGGCGACGUCCAUGUUGUGGGCAGCUGCUGUGUGGCGACGUCCAUGUUGUGGGCAGCUGCUGUGUGGCGACGUCCAUGUUGUGGGCAGCUGCUGUGUGGCGACGUCCAUGUUGUGGGCAGCUGAAAGCCUUCAGAUAUCACCAGCAGCAACACACCAAAACAAUGUCUACAAAGACAAAAAUUGAUGGAAUUGGAAGAGCUGGAGGUGUUGAUGGUGUGGUGGAUGGUAGAGGAGUGACAAGUGGCGCCACUAGUCUUGACCUCCAUGGCUAAAUGGCGCCAAUGACCUGGAGGAGGGGGGGUGAUGACGUCAG